AUAAACGUAAACAAGCGAUAGUAAAUUACUGCACGGUUUAAUUACGCAAAAUAAUAGUAAAAAUCACCAGCUUUUAUGUACUAUUCCGUUGUGUAUAAUACUGAGAAGACUUGGUAGAAAAUGAGCACCGCUGAAUUAGCUGCCAAACCAACGGAUGCUCCAGAGCACUGUCCGGGAACGCAAAGCCAAGAUGCCGGAAAGGCAUCCGCCUGUGCCGGUUGUCCCAAUCAGCAGAUCUGUGCCAGUGGACCCAAAGGUCCCGAUCCAUCGAUCGCUCUAGUUAAGGAAAAGCUACAGGAAGUUCGGAACAAAAUUCUUAUCCUGUCCGGUAAGGGUGGCGUGGGAAAGAGUACCGUAACAGCACUGCUGAGCCGGGGAAUGGCUCAUUCGAAUCCGGAGAAGAAUUUCGGUGUACUUGAUAUCGAUAUCUGUGGCCCGUCGCAGCCGCGAGUGCUUGGUGUGUUGGGAGAACAGGUGCAUCAGUCCGGUUCCGGCUGGUCGCCGGUGUUCAUCGAGGAUAAUCUCAGCCUGAUGUCGAUUGGUUUUCUGCUGGGAAGUCCCGACGAUGCCAUCAUUUGGCGGGGACCGAAAAAGAACGGAAUGAUUCGACAGUUUCUCACGGAAGUCGACUGGGGACAGUUGGAUUAUUUGGUGCUGGAUACGCCACCCGGAACGUCGGACGAGCAUCUGUCGGCAACGACGUUCCUCAAGGAAACGGACGGCGGUUGGGGGGCGGUGCUGGUAACAACGCCCCAGGAAGUGGCACUGCUGGACGUGCGGAAGGAAAUUACCUUCUGCAAGAAGAUGGGCAUUCCGGUGGUUGGGGUUGUGGAGAAUAUGUCCGUUUUUGUGUGUCCCAAAUGUACGACGGAAACGGAUAUUUUUCCUGCCCGAACUGGUGGGGCUGAGAAGAUGUGUCAAGAGAUGGAUGUUACAUUCCUCGGGAAGCUGCCGCUCGAUCCACGCCUGGCAAAAUGCUGCGACGAAGGAAAAGAUUACUUGACGGAGUUUUCAACGAGCCCGACGGUGCUGGCGCUGAAUCAGAUUGUGGCGAAGGUUCAGGAUUUUUUCGAAAAAUAGUGACAAAUUUUAAUUUGUUAAUUUUUAUAUGAAUAAAUGUAAGUUUGA